GAACCGAGCCGAAAUCUGGCAGUGACAGAGCCCACAUAUUAGGAUUAAAACUCACUUUUACAUCGCCGCUUUAUAUUUAGCAGCAAAACGAAAGUUAAUAUGUAGGCUUCGGUAAACGGAAUGCGGUGUGGACUUUGUUACUCUCCAUGUUCGUGUCAGCUGUUGCUAAUAAUAGUUUCCACAUCUAAAACAACUGUUCGUUUCUAUGUGAGCUGUCGCCAUGGCGUACCACGCUGGGAUUCCGGAGGAUCCCAAUGUUAUGGUCCAGAACAUCAGCUCCAACAUCCAGAGGAUCACGCUGCUGACCUCGGAGUUGCAGAGAGCGGUGUUCCUGCUGGGGACCGACCAGGACAGCAACCAGCUCAGACAGACGCUUCAACAAAAACAGCAGCAAGGCAACCAGCUGGCAAAAGACACUGACAAACUGAUGAAAGUCUUCACUUCCCUUCCUAUUGGCCCAGAUCAGCGGCAAAGGAAGCUACAGAAAGAUCGGCUGCUGAACGACUUCUCCGCUGCUCUGAACAGCUUGCAGAAGACGCAGCGGCAGGCGGCCGACAAAGAGCGGGAGUUUGUCGCUCGGGUCCGAGCCGGCUCAAGAUUGUCGGGAGGUCAGCCUGACGACAGCCUCGGAAAUGCACCUCCAAGUUACUCCCAGGUGCAAUCACAAGCUGAGAUCAUCACCGAAGAAGACCUGAGACUGAUCCAGGAGAGGGAGUCGGCCAUCAGGCAGCUGGAGUCCGACAUCACAGACAUAAAUGACAUCUUUAAGGAUCUGGGCAUGAUGGUUCAUGAGCAGGGAGACAUGAUAGACAGUAUAGAAGCUAACGUGGAGAGUGCAGAUACCCAUGUCCAGUCUGGCCAACAGCAACUUGCAAGAGCUGCAGAAUAUCAGCGGAGCUCCCGGAAGAAGAUUUGCAUCCUGCUGAUAGUGCUGGCCGUUGCUGCUGUCGUUAUAGGACUUAUUAUUUGGGGCUCUCUCAAAAACUAAGCUCUUCCUCUUAUUGUUGAUGUUGUCAGACUAAAUAUGAAACACAAUCCCUCUCAUCCUGAGUUGUCUCUCCAUCUUACCCUCUUCGGCCUAUUACAAAAUCUGUUUGCCUUGUUUUUGACAAUGAAUAGUUUUAUUGUGAAGGGUGGCCUUAAGUGAAUCAUUUGAUUAAGAUGGCAGUGUUAAUGUUUUAUUUUGUUUUUGUUUUUUGUUUUCCUUUUUAUUGCUUCACUUAAUAAGUGAUGCCACAACUAUUUUCCUGGUCUUUCCUUCGAAUUUAAUGAUUAUAUAGGUUAUAGAUAAUGUCUUUAUAAUAGUAAUAUGGAGGUAAGUAUUGAUCAUCCUUCUCAGUGCUUCUUCCUGUCAGGUUAUAAAUGACAAUUUCAGAGGAACCAAAUUCACAUGAUCACCUAAUACCUGUUAUGCUUUAAGUUAGAAAUGUGCACAGCAACUGAAAUGAUUUAGAGAACGCACAUUUAGCAGAUUGAGCUAUAUUUAACACAUUAAAUUAAAUUGAAAAUGUAACGCCGCCUAACAUUCCAGACAACAGAGGUGAGAUUUGUUCCUUAGGUUCUUUAUUUCAAAUCAAUAAAAUGUAUUUAAACAAGU